AUGCCUUUGUGGAAGGAGAAGAAGUCGUCCAAGUCCAGCGAGGCUCCCGCCAUGACGCAGCAGCGCCGGACUGCCCUGGCCAUCGUCGAGGCCUUGAACCGCCUGGACACGCGCGCCGUGUGGAACAUGCGAGACCGCAGCUGCUGGCGUGAGAUCUACCCCAAGUCCAUGGGCAUGCCUGCUCAGGACAACGACGCCGCCCAACGCGCCCUCAACUUCAUCCUCAACACCUUCAAGACCUUCUACAUUUCCGUGCACGACCUCAUCGAAGACGUGCCUGCCCGCAAGGUCUGCAUGUGGGUCAUCUGCACCGGCACCACCGUUUCCGGGCCCUGGACCAACGAGUACGUCUGGAGCAUGGAGUUCAACGAGGCCGGCACCCACGUCGUGCGCUGGAAGGAGUUCGUCGACAGCAUCUCGACCAAGGCCCUGUUCCCCGAGAUCAUGGCCGAGUCGUGGGACGAGUCGAUGAGCGACCGGCCCUCCACCGGGCCCUCGACCAGGUCCGAGGCCCCUUCGAGUCGCCCUUCUGCCGGGCCUUCAAACUCGGGAGCUUCAUAG